AUGUCGGGAGAUCAGCAUGUUGAUUGCUCUACUCAAGAGAGAGAUGAUGAAGAUCACGAUGAUGUAGUUGAUGCAAAGCCAGACAGAAGUAGCAGAUUCUCACUUUUUGGAAAAAAAAAGAAGAAUGGAGAAGAAGAACAGCCAAAGUCCUCUCUCAGUAAUCAGUACCGAAUUGUUACACCCACAUUCCAGUACAAUAUGGACUACAAGAAAGUUGGCAAAUGUAUUAUUAUAAACAACAAAAAUUUUGAAGACAAAACAGGAAUGGGUACACGCAAUGGCACUGAUAAAGAUGCUGGAGAUCUAGCUAAGAGUUUUAGAAACUUAGGUUUUGAGGUUUGCACAUACAAUGACCGAAGCCGUAAUGAUAUGGAAAAAUUACUGAAGCAAGCUGCUGAGGAGAAUCACAGUGAUGCCGCUUGUUUUGCCUGUAUCCUUCUAAGCCAUGGGGAAGAAGGCCUCAUCUAUGGCACUGACGGACCCAUGGCUAUCAAGAGUUUGACUGCGCUGUUCAGAGGAGACAAGUGUAAAAGCCUUAUAGGCAAACCCAAAUUAUUUUUCAUUCAGGCAUGCAGAGGCUCUGAAUUUGAUGAAGGUAUACAAACUGACUCUGGACCCGCAAAUGACACUCUGGAAACAGAUGCCAAUCCGAGAUACAAACUCCCAGUAGAAGCAGAUUUUCUGUUUGCGUAUUCCACGGUGCCAGGUUAUUACUCCUGGAGGAAUCCUGGAAGAGGCUCCUGGUUUGUGCAGUCUCUGUGCUCUGUGCUAAAUGAGCAUGGAAAACAACUUGAGAUCAUGCAGAUCCUCACACGGGUCAACUAUGUGGUUGCGACAAAUUUUGAAUCACAGUCUGAUGAUCCACGCUUCAGUGAGAAGAAGCAGAUUCCCUGCGUGGUCUCUAUGCUCACUAAGGAACUUUACUUCUGAAAGUGUAUUUUAAUGCAGCCAGUGGUGAAAGAUCAGGAUAUGGUUUUGGGUGCAGAUUUGGUUAUAAACUGGAGUAACACAUUUUUAAUAACAGAAAUGUAAUUACACUAGAUUUUUAUAU